CAGACCAAUGCCUGGAGGAUACGCUCCCUUGCCAAAUCCGCGCUCUGCGCCGGACAUGGAGCGUGAGAUGGACGAAGCAUUCGAGUCGGACGGUGAAGAGGAGCAGCAGGUUUCUGAGAGGAGGCCUUUGACAGCUGGCUACAACCACCACGACAGCCAUAACUCAGAGGAUAAUAGUAAUGUCGUCCUUAAUGCGCCUGGAGGGUACGACUUCGAGAGGGACUACGACUUCCCGCCACCUGGAUCACCCCCUCCGCCUGUUUCUAACUUGCCCAGCGACCUAGGCAACUCGAAUGGGAUAAUACCGACGUCUGUCGUCAGACCCUCUCCUCCGCGCCCAUCUUUCUUUCGCAGAGCUGUAGGAGCCUUGCUGCCCACCCACUAUGCUCGGGUGCCAACCGAACCCGGUCACACCAGGCCGAUAGGAGCAGGCAUCGAGAAUGACGGAGUGUUCGCGAAUGUCGUCGCCAAACCUUCGAGGGGGGUUGCAGUUAGAGCCGAUGAUGGUAACAUGUACGUCGUACCCGAGGAGUCGCAGAGGGAGGCACCACCAUCUUAUGCUACCGCACAGCUAGAUGCAGCACCCCCGUACUGGGAGACGACCGUUCACGCCCCUGCUGCCCUGGAUGGUUCUGACAUGAUCGUCGACGACCUGCCGACCGGCUCCGUCCUGCAAUUCGCCGCCAAUUUCUUCACCUCAUUCUUCUUCCAGUUCCCCGGCUUCCUCCUCACCUAUCUCUUGCACACGACGCACGCUGCCAAGUACGGCUCAAGGGCUGGGCUGGGUCUGACGUUGAUCCAGUACGGCUUUUAUUCCCGCAGUUCGAGGGCGGAUAUACCGUUGGAUGGAGAACAAGGCGGCUCGGGGACGGUGCUUCUGGGUCAUGACUCGGAGGGAUGGCCACUGGAGACUACCGCAGAGGGGAAUAGCCUACCCUCUCCGACUACGAUCGUAGGCAAUGCUACGAUGCCCGAUGAUACGAUCUACGGCAAUGUCGGAAGCAUGGCCUCGCGCGAAUGGCUUGCUUUCAUCCUCAUGACCUUGGGGUGGAUGCUGCUCUUGACAUCACUAAUUGGCUUCUGGCGCGUGAAGCGUUGGGAGCGCUCUAUCCGACAAGCUUCACAACCGCAGACCGUAACGCCCGAGGAGCUCGAACGCGAUCGAGCCGUGCGCCGUAACUUGGAAAUCGUCUUUGGAAUACCCACCGAAGAGGACGAGAACGCAGAGCGACGCGGCAUAAGUCCCGAGGCUCUGGCUGCCGAGGAGCGGUUGACCAGGGAUCUGCGACAUGCUGGAUUACUGUGAACAGUGUCGCUUCUGCGUGUGUCAUCGUCUUAUUUUUGUUCUCCCUAUCCUUCGAUAUUCUCCGCGUUAUUUAAUCAUUGAACGGUUGCUUGGACGGGCAGAAGUAGCAGCUUUUUUGGAUCUUUAUUUGUUUUGUGUUGUUGUACGCGUUAUUAGUCUGGUGAUUAGUACUUUCAGACACAACCUGUAAUCUAGCUGGCCAUCGUUCUAUCUGGUACACAUGGUCUAUAUCCGUG